AGUUGACACUGACAUUUCUUAUUUAUUUAAAAUUUUUGCUGUUCAUGUCUUAAAAAUAAAGAAGAAUAGUUCGACCACUAUAUCCUAAACUAACAAAAAUGUUAUUGAAUUCAGCUAAAAGAAUUGCCACCAAUUUCAAAAGGACUCCAAUUUUAAGUUUGGUGCGGCACAAGGCUGCUUACGAAGGCGAUGAAAAGACAACAGUACGAGUUAUCAACCAAGAGUUAGAACUAGGCCUUAUGGUUGAUUCCUAUGCAACGUAUGGCUUUAGAUUAAACAAUGGAGUCACAGUGCUGGGCCCUAUGGCUUUAUUCCCCAGGACAGUACUGUCAUGGCAGGUGCGGGGUUCGUAUGAAAUUACAGAGGAGUCUCUGCGACUCUUCAAAAUACUUGAGCCAAAAAUAGAUUUACUGAUAAUUGGUUUGGAGACAAAUGAACGUAAGGCCAUAGACACGGCUUUCCGCGCCGCUCGCGCCAAUAAAAUUAAUGUGGAACUAUUGACCACGGAGCAUGCCUGCUCUACUUUCAACUUCCUUAAUGCUGAGGGCAGGUCAGUGGCGGGUGCACUCAUACCACCGCUGAGUGUGACUGUUAAUGAAGAUGACAUGCUGCAGACACAGUUACAUUACAGGAACUUGUACCAACAGGACUUAUAAACAUAUACCAACAGGACAUCUAGACUUGUACCUAUAGGACAUCUAGACUUGUACCUAUAGGACAUUUCGAUAUGUACCAAAUAGUUGUACUUGAUAGUAAGUUUCUCUUAGGCAAUUAACCUAUAUGUCUAAAAUAGUAAUUUUUUUAAUUUAACUCGAUUCUCAACCAAUUUUAUGA